AUGGAUUUCAUUUUACCAAACCACGUGUUAGUUGAAAUCUUCAAGGGUCUACGGCCCAUCCAACUUGCGAAAUUACGAUGUGUUCAUUCUACAUGGAAAAACGCAAUUGAGAGAUUGGUACCACGAUGGUUAGAAUUGAUAAGAAUGACUUCUACGGAAACGAAGCCGUGGAAGUAUCAACUCAUCCAAAUGAUGUUUCCGUCAAUGAGCAGCAGUGAGUAUGUUAAUCUGACUGAAGAGCAAUUUAAAGAGUUGUUUUUUAGUUUUCUCAAAUGGCGAAAAUUUCCGAAAAAUCUCAAUAGGGGACUUAAUGCGCAAUUUCCGAGUUUUGAAGGAGGCAAUGAAGCUUCAAUUUUUGGUGAUUUACACGGAGAUCAGCUAAUCUACGGCGGAUUGAAGGAGGGUCGUUUAUUCUGCAUCAAUAUAGCUUCAGGAAAUUUUGAUCAUGCCUUUAAUAUUUUUGAAAAUUCAUCUGUAGGCACAAUAAGUAUUGAGUUGAGAAAGGUGGAUCUCAUAAAAAUUUGGGCCCCUCGUAAGUUUUUUUCAUGUAUGCCUAAUAGCGCGAUUGCACUGAUAAGAAAAUUAGGAAAACGGUUGACCCGGAAGGCCAUCCUUUUUUCGGGUUUCUUUCGUUCACGAUAUCUCUCGAACGAAUUAACCGAUUUUGACCGGACUGGUGGUGAUAGAGGCGGUUUUUGA